CAUGACGCGCAUGAGCGUCGUUGACUCCUCCCCCUAGAAGAUGGCGUCGCUACUGCAAUCGGAGAGGGUUCUCUAUCUAGUCCAGGGAGAAAAGAAGGUUCGGGCACCGCUCUCUCAGCUUUACUUCUGCCGCUACUGUAGCGAGCUGCGAUCGCUGGAAUGUGUGUCUCACGAGGUGGACUCCCAUUACUGUCCCAGUUGCUUAGAAAAUAUGCCAUCGGCUGAAGCCAAACUGAAAAAGAAUAGAUGUGCCAACUGCUUUGACUGUCCUGGCUGCAUGCACACCCUCUCCACCCGGGCAACGAGUAUUUCCACACAGCUUCCUGAUGAUCCAGCCAAGACCACUAUGAAGAAAGCCUACUACCUGGCAUGUGGAUUUUGCCGUUGGACCUCUAGAGAUGUGGGCAUGGCAGACAAAUCUGUGGCCAGUGGUGGUUGGCAGGAACCUGAAAAUCCUCACACACAGCGGAUGAACAAACUAAUUGAGUACUACCAGCAGCUUGCCCAAAAAGAGAAGGUUGAGCGAGAUCGGAAGAAAUUGGCACGACGUAGAAACUAUAUGCCUUUGGCAUUUUCGCAACACACUAUUCAUGUAGUGGAUAAAUAUGGUCUUGGAACCCGACUUCAGCGACCACGAGCUGGUGCAACCAUCAGUACACUUGCUGGACUUUCCCUUAAAGAAGGGGAGGACCAGAAAGAGAUAAAGAUUGAACCAGCUCAGGCUUUUGAGGAAGUGGAGCCUCUACCCGAAGACUAUUAUACAAGACCAGUAAAUUUAACAGAAGUGACCACUCUUCAGCAGCGCCUCUUACAGCCUGACUUCCAACCAAUUUGUGCUUCACAGCUCUAUCCUCGUCACAAACAUCUUCUGAUCAAACGGUCCUUACGCUGCCGGAAAUGCGAACAUAAUUUGAGCAAACCAGAAUUCAACCCAACAUCUAUCAAAUUCAAAAUCCAAAUGGUUGCUGUCAAUUACAUCCCGGAAGUGAGAAUCAUGUCAAUUCCCAACCUUCGCCACAAUAAGGAGAGCCAGGUCCUCCUGACGCUCACAAAUCCAGUGGAGAACCUCACCCAUGUAACACUGUUGGAGUGUGAGGAGGGGGACCCUGAUGAUAUCAGCAGCACUGCAAAGGUGGUGGUGCCCCCCAAAGAGCUGGUCCUCGCCGGCAAGGACGCAGCUGCAGAGUAUGAUGAAUUGGCAGAACCCCAGGACUUUCAGGACGAUCCUGACGUUAUAGCCUUCAGAAAAGCCAACAAAGUGGGUAUUUUCAUCAAAGUGACCCCACAACGUGAGGAGGGUGAAGUGACCGUUUGUUUUAAGAUGAAACAUGAUUUUAAAAACCUGGCAGCCCCCAUCCGCCCCAUCGAAGAAGGUGACCAGGGCACCGAAGUCAUCUGGCUCACCCAGCACGUGGAACUCAGCUUGGGCCCACUUCUUCCUUAAGAGGUAUCCCUGGUGGGCAGACCCCAAAGGACAGUAUCACCACCACCCGCGUUAAGAUGUGGACGCCUCUCCUUCACCAGGCCUGUUUAUAACGAUGCACUACUGAGUCCUGUUCUUAGGAGGUGUGAGCACAGUCCGGCGACUGGGGACACUGCUUAACCGCCGAUCCCUUUGCUCUCACUGCUGUUAGCCAGUAAGUCUGUGUCACUGAACCCUGCACGUUGAAUAACAACAGCAUAUUUCUACCCCGGGAUAGGGGAUGGCUGUUCUUUGAAGUGGCCUUAGAUUUGCCACCUGAGAAACUCUUAGCAUACUAUCGCCAAGUCUGAUCUCUCAAAAGAUCACAAUGUCACGGAUGAUACUUCAGACAGUAAUGAACGAUGGGCCUGCUGUUCAUGCUGGUCAGCACACCCACUGGUUUUUGCAUUCCGCAAGAUACAGCCUCAUUGUCAAAACAACCCUUCACUUGCUAUCAUAGCUCCCAUCUUGCCAUAGGUUUCCAUUUGAUCAUAAGCUAGGAUCUUUAGUUUGGUGGUGUUUGGAAAAACCUGUGACACAUUCUUAAGGCACUCUAAUAUGCCUUCUGCUAAGUGGAUACAAAAUGCUACUUAUCAGUUCAAAAAAAUCUUCCCCAGUAGAAUAUGGAACUAGUCUAAGAAGAAUUUAAGAAUUUAAUCAAUUAUGUCAUGUCAAGGGGGUGGCAAACUCUAUUCUUUGUAAAUGUCGCUACAGUUAACUUGGCCAGAGGGAGGCAAUCUUUGUGUCUUACUCCCUAUGCCUCUCAUCUCUGCCUCUUUAACUCAGUAAAUCGCUGAGUGUUUGGGGCUGGGAAAGAGCCCACCCAAAUAAGCUGUGGUGGACAAGUUUUUUUCUGGCAUGCAGAAAACAUUUUUAAAGUUUGGAUUUUUAGCAUGAUCUGAAUUAAUGUUCUUUCCCCUGGUUUGAAAGGGAAAUUACAAUGCUUAUCUCUUAAAUCCAAAACUAGAUACUAAGAAAAAUACCAUGUUCCUGGGUUUAAGACUUACCAUAUGGUAUAUCAAACAACCGGUUUGAUAGUAAACCAUGAAUUGUUAGCAAAUUGCUCAGAACACUUGCCUAACAGCACACAUGCUGUUUUCAGCUGGCGUCCUGGAAUGGGGUUACUCACCUUAAUUUCUGUGAUGGUUUCUAAAAUGAGACAUCACAAAGAAGAUUACCAAGUUGUAUCACACUUUUUGUUAGUGAACUGUUAGCAAGUGGCUAACAUCCUUUUGGGCAAAGGAGAAAUUUCCUCGUUACCCUGAUUUUGUUUUUUAAGUUCAAGCCUGUCCUCUUAAAAAGAAAUAUAUAUAAUAAGCUAGAAUACAGACAGAGCAUAGUACUGCUCAUCUCUGCUGAGAGGAUAAAAAUAAAUAGAAAGCCUUUGAAAGACACUAAAUUAUACUUUUAAGGUCAGGCCAGUUUUAUGAAACAAUAUUCCACAGAUUAAUAUAGUUGCUGCAGUGUAAGGGAAACUAAUCAUAUUUCUACUAUUAUGGAAGUAAGACGUAGGGUUAGCCUCUUAGGAGUGGGGUGGGGUGGGGGUGGGGGUUGUAGAAUGAUAAAUUUGCAGGCUAGAAAUAGUUUAAUUUUUGUGACCCCACGUAGUGUCAAAUUCAUUUUUAUUUCCUGACCUGCGAGAGCCUGUUGUGAAACCAGAAUGGAGACUAGCUUCGGACGGCUAUGCCUUCGCAUAGUUGAAGUGACGCCUCUCAUCAGCUCCACGUGAUACAAAAACAGACACUUUAUCGUAGGUUUUUUUUCCCUCCAGAAGCCAAAUUGCAGAAUAGCAGAGCCCUUGGUUUAAUGUUUCCUCGAGAUAGUUUUCCAUGCAGGCUUACAUUCUGUGUACUAGUAGAAAAUGGUUUAACACCUGCAGCUGGUGGGUUUGGAAUUUUACUUGUUGCUUUUUAUAUUAGAGUAAGUGCAAGAUUUUUAAUGCCUAGUCAUUGUGUGCCACUGCAGGAGAAUUAGAUGUCAUUAGCACUUGAAACUACAAUUUUGGAAACUUAAGGCUAAGUUAAUUUGGACUUGUCAUUUGUUUAACCUACCAAAGUUUUUUGGUUCAAAGUGCUUAAAGGCAUAAUGAGGUAACGUCAUGUAUAUUUGUGAAGAAAUAUCCUUUGACACCCCCCACCCAAAGAAAUGAGAGGCAUUCCUUGAUCUUUAUGAAUGACAGGUUAUUGUUUUGCCUUAUUGCUUAACUUAAUGUAGUGAAAUAAAGCAGACAAAGCUUGA